AUGCAGGAACGGUUCCACAUUUCUGACGACGACGCAAUCCAGCGACUACGUCAAAAAGGUGAGCCGAUUCAUUUAUUUGGAGAGACAAGCAGGGAGCGACGUAUGCGUCUUCGAUCCUUAGAGCUAAGUGAAGAGCAUGGAAUGCGGGUGAUGCAAGGCCACAACGACAGCAGGAGAUUCAUGCGCUCGACGGAAAAGGAACUUUUGAUGGAACAGGUGGAAAGACGAUCAUCACCGCACCUGGCAAGCAAGAGCACGUCAAUAAACGAGGCUAGGACCGAGCAAGAUGCUCCAAGUACCGCCUCGUCGUCAUCCGUGCCUGGUCGAGUGCCUGCCCGAAUGCGUGAAGGAGUAGGUAUGCACACGGUGAUGGACCUCAAGCUGAUGUGGACAAAUCCAGCACGUGUAUAUCCUAUUCUUUACUACACAAUAAAGGGUUUACUCGCCGAUUGGGAGUUGGCCUUAGCGAAAAGACCGGAGGACGUGCGGCACAGCGCGCAAGGACGUCAACUUAGUGCAAUGCAAAUGCAGACGGCCGAAUAUAUCAAGCCGUUGUUGAAAGCACUGCGGCGACGCUCCCUGGAGCCUGAUGUCCUUUUGCGCAUUGCCGAAAUUGUACAUUAUAUGCAGCAGCGCGAGUACCGCAAAGCCAAUGAUUCGUACUUGCAGCUAUCUAUUGGCAACGCGCCUUGGCCCAUUGGAAUUACCAUGGCUGGGUAA